CGGCCUUCAGAUUCUGCGUCCACGUGUCAGUUUCUCAGCCAAUCCAAGCGUUUCGCGCGCUUUGUUACACAAGAAGAGGCAAACUCCGCCGGCUCCUCCUCCUUCAUCGUCGUCCUCCUCAUGGCAGCCGCAGGCAGAGCCGCGAAUCUCUCCCUCCGCCUUCAUCACCCUCCUCCUCCCCUGCUUCCGCCGCUGCCGUCGGCCGCCGCCGCCGCCUGCUGCCUCUCAACCCCUAUGCCUUCUGCCCCGCGCGGCCGCCUCUUCUGGAGAUUGGGCCGGAAGAAGCCGCCGCCGCCGCCGCCUCCUCUCUGCCGAUCGAUCGGCCCGAUCUCAUCCUCGCUCACUGAGCGAGCGCAGCAGCAGCAGCAGCAGCAGCAGGAGGAGAUCUCCUUCACCGAUCCCGAGGCCGCACUCAUCGAGGCCCUUCUCGGAAUCCAAGGCCGAGGCCGCGCCGCCUCUCCGCAGCAGCUCCAGGAGGUCGAGCGUGCUGUGCAAACCCUAGAAACUCUGAAAGGUGUGCCUGAUCCAACAAGUUCCAGCUUGAUUGAGGGUUGCUGGCAGCUCAUUUUCACUACAAGACCUGGAACUGCAUCUCCAAUUCAGAGGACAUUCGUUGGAGUUGAUUUUUUCAAGAUCUUUCAGGAGGUCUACCUUAGAACAGAUGAUCCAAGGGUGUCCAACAUCGUCAUGUUCUCAGAUGCAAUUGGCGAACUUAAAGUAGAGGCAGCAGCAACAGUAGAAGAUGGGAAGCGCAUCCUAUUCCGAUUCGACCGUGCAGCAUUCUCCUUCAAAUUUUUGCCUUUCAAGGUUCCGUAUCCGGUGCCCUUUAGGCUUCUCGGAGAUGAAGCAAAGGGGUGGCUGGACACGACUUACUUAUCUCAUACCGGAAACAUGCGAAUUUCAAGAGGGAAUAAGGGAACAACAUUUGUGCUACAAAAGAAAACCGAACCAAGACAAAGGUUACUAUCAGCCAUAUCUUCUGGGACAGGAGUUGAAGAGGUUAUAGAUGAACUCAUUGCUUUAAAUAAAAAGGAGAUUGAAGGAGGUCACUUGGGAACUCUCGAGGGAGAGUGGCAAUUGUUGUGGGCUUCACAGUCAGAAGAUGAAAGUUGGUCAUCGAUUGCUGCCAAUGGUCUCAAGGGCUUGCAGAUAAUAAAGGAAGAUGGGAAGCUAGAGAAUGUAGUAAUUCCUGUUCUGGGUCUAACUGUUAGAGCAAGUGGCACUCUGAUCAAAGGAUCUGAUAGAAACACCUACAGUGUAACAAUGAAUGAAGGAUCGGCUCAGCUUGGUGCACUGAAGCUCCCCUUAAAUGCCGAAAAGAAAUUCGACAUGGAAAUUGUGUAUAUUGACAACAAGAUCAGAGUUACCAGAGGUGACAUGGGCACACUUGUUCAUUUGCGCAUCGAUACGAAAAAUUGAAAAUAUAUUUAUUGAAGGAGUACCAUAUGUCCAAGGAUUAAAGGGUAGGUUACUAGAAUUUUGUUGCUGUAAAAUAACUCAUCCCUGUUAGAAGAGAAAAUCAUGAGGCACUUCAAAAUGUGGCCUUAUUUGAGUGAUCCAAAGUGAAGCUUGAAUUAGUAGGUUGAUGUGCAAUCUAAAAAAUCUAAUGCUGAAAAUCAUAAAACAAACAGAUUGGCAGACCUUUUCACUGUAAGCAAUUGUGUGCCAUUUGGAUUUCCGCA